UGGAAGACGAGAAGUCAUAGUGUUGGAAUGACAUGAUGUGAAUUUUAAUGAUGUGAUUUUUUAAAAUAAUUAUCUUUGUGUGUUUUUUUUUCAGGACUGAGGCGAAACUAUGGCUUUGGUCCUAUCAAUGAACCCAUUUUGUGAGCCGGAGGCCGAAGCCCUGCCAUCCAUCUACCAUCCAAUCUGGGAAUCUGAACAUUGCAGUAAAAGCUGUAUCUCCACCCCCUCACCACCAGGGGGGGACACCAAUGGGCUCAUAGAAGCGCCCCAUUACAGACGAGCUCCUGAUCAUGUGAUGGAUCGUGUGGCCAUGUCACGGAUCUCUGAUUUCAAGAGGAAGUUUGUGGAGGAUGAAGAACCUGUACUGAGCUUCAGUAGUUACUGCCACACUGUGUCACCAGUCCUGGAGGAGCGCACUCACAUUCUCCGUCUCUCUCUUUCAAAACUGCGUUUCGUGGAUGACCCAGAGUCCUUCUUACGACGCUCCGUGCUCAUCAACAACCUUCUCUGUCGCCUCAGAAAUGAAAUCCUCCUCCAGACCGACUGGUGCUUCCCAUCGGGUCCCACAGCAACACCUUGUCCCCUCCAAUCCCUUGCCACAAAUAACCCUCUUCCCCCUCCAGUCCUGCAGCCCUGCAUUACGCCACCUGGGCCUUACCGCAAACGCCUGCGUCUGCUGAGGAGGGAAGGCCCAGAGUGCAUCCCAGCCUGCUGCUGUUUAUACGCAGCCGGUCGUUACCUUCAGCUUCCUCUGUCUGUGUACGAACGGGAUUUAUACACCAACUCCCACCCUACUUCUUCAUCACCAUCUUCAGUUAGAUUUCCACAGCUGCUGGAGGAGGAGGACGAGGAGGAGGACAGUGAUGAAGAAGAGGACUCUGUGUGUCCUAUGUUGGCUCUCUGUCAAGCUGAAACCAGAGAGCAGAACAGGACGUGGGAUGGUCUACGUCCACAGAGCCACAGGGAAGACGAGACCCAGGAGAAAGAGAGAGAAAAAGGGAAAGAGAGGGUUAGAGGAGGAGAGGUUUCACAGCGAUGGAUUUCAGAGGCUAUAGGUACUGGACACCAUGGGACUCUCACCAGGGCUCACGUGAGGGGAAAAUAACAACCGAACACUUGCUGUGGAAACAAAGGAAGUAACUGGUUUCCAGCGGCCAAAUAGAUGAGUUAUAGAAACCAGAAUAUCAAUGGUCAAUGUUUUUGAAUUUUUAGAUACUUUUUUGUACUUCUGGAUUCUGCAACAUCCCAGAUCAAAAGGGACAGUGAAUUCAUAUAUUGCUUGUCUCUUGCGAAAAAUACCAUACUGUGCCUUAAAUGUUCCUGUUUAAUCUGUUUGAUGUGUUUAUAGAUAUUUGUGACUGAACCAGUUUAAUCCACAAAGUAUGGAAGCUUGUUUCAAUAAACUCACAGUUCUGAGAAGAAAAGACAAGAGUUGCAAAAUAUAAACUCACAAUUGUUAUGGGGGGAAAAAACUGUAUAA